AUGGAGAAGAGAAAUCACACAGUGACAGAGUUUAUCCUGUUGGGGUUCACAAGAGACCCCCUAAUGCAAAAGGUACUGUUUGUGCUAUUCCUUGUCAUGUACACAUUGACUGUGGUAGGAAAUUUUACACUCAUCAUGCUCAUCUGCAAUGACUCCCGGCUCCACACACCCGUGUAUUUCUUCAUUGGAAAUCUCUCUUUCCUGGAUCUCUGGCUGUCUACUGUCUACACCCCAAAGAUCCUGGUCACCUGCAUCUCUGAAGACAAGAGCAUCUCCUUUGCUGGCUGCGUGGCUCAGUUCUUCUUCUCUGCUGGGCUGGAUUAUAGUGAGUGCUAUCUGCUGGCUGCCAUGGCUUAUGACCGCUAUAUGGCCAUCUCAAAGCCACUGCUCUAUUCCCAGGCUGUGUCCGUUAAACUGUGUGCUUUUUUAGUAGCUGCCUCCUAUCUGGGUGGUUUUAUUAACUCUUCCGUCAUCACCAAGAAAACCUUUACCUUUGACUUCUGCAAUGACAACAUCAUUGAUGAUUUUUUCUGUGACUUGAUUCCCCUGGUAAAGCUGGCCUGUGGGGGGAUGGAGGGCUACCAGGCUCUGAUGUAUUUCCUCCUGGCGUCCAACGUCAUGACCCCCAUUGUGCUCAUCCUGGCCUCCUACCUGUUCAUCAUCGCCACCAUCCUGAGGAUGCGCUCUACCCAGGGCCGCCUCAAGGCCUUCUCCACCUGCUCCUCCCACCUGACCUCUGUGACCUUGUACUAUGGCUCCAUCCUCUACAUCUACCUGCGCCCUCAAUCUAGCUAUUCUUUGGAUACAGACAAAAUUGUUUCCACGUUUUACACUGUGGUAUUCCCCAUGUUGAAUCCCAUGAUCUACAGCCUGAGGAAUAAAGAUGUGAAAGAGGCUGUAAAUAAACUCUUCAGUAAGUCCAUCCCCAUCUGGAGAAGUACAUAA